AACGAGUCCCUGCAACACCAAGGAAUCCUUCAGUUACUGCUGCAUUUUAGGUGGAAGUGGAUUGGAGUUCUUUCUGUGAAAGAUGAAGCAGGAGAAAGGUUUCUACAGGAUGUUCUCCCCAAGUUUUCUGAACACGGAAUCUGCCUUGAUUUUAUGGAAUGGUUCCCAAGCAUAGCUUUUUACAGUGACUUUAUGGAUAUUAUAGAUAAAGAACUUGAAAUAUACAAAGUUUUCAUGAAAAGCACAGCCAAUGUGAUAAUUGUGUAUGGUGAGAUUCAGACUAUGACAAUUUUUACAACGAUUCUCCGUUUUUCAGAAGUGGAAGAUAUACCAGUGAGUACCAAAAUUUGGAUUAUGCCAGCACAAAUGGAUUUUGCAUCAGUAUCUUUUCAUAGAUUGUGGGAUAUAAGUUUGCUCCAUGGUGCUUUAUCUCUCUCCAUUAACUCAAAGGAGGUAUUUGGAUUCCAGGAAUUUCUUCAAAGCAGAAAUCCAACCACAGAACAAAACGAUGGCUUCAUGAGAGAUUUUUGGGAGCAAGUGUUUGAUUGCUCAUUUCCAAACUCUAUAAAGAAUAAAAGAACUGAUAACAUCUGUACUGGAGAGGAGAAACUGGAGACUCUUCCUACUUCUACUUUUGAAAUUAGCAUGAGUGGCCACAGCUAUAAUGUGUACAAUGCUGUCUAUGCUGUGGCGCAUGCUUUGCAGGCAGUGCAUUCCUCUACAUCCAAGCGAAGAAAUUGGAUGGCUUUGGGGAAGCAGAAGUUUCAGGAUCUACAAUCAUGGCAGCUGCACUCUUUUCUGAGACAUGUCUCCUUCAACAAUAGUGUGGGUGAAAAGAUCUCCUUUGACAAAAAUGGAGAAUUUAUUGGAGGAUUUGAUAUUACAAACUGGAUCACUUUUCCAAACCAGUCAUUUCUUAAGGUGAAAGUGGGAAUGAUAGAUCCCUUUGCUCCUCCAGACGAGGCCUUCAAUAUUCAGCUGGGUCCCAUCACUUGGCCAGAAGGUUUUAAUCAGGCACAUCCCCUUUCUUUGUGUAAUGAUCGUUGCCAGAGAGGAUAUAGGAAGACCAAGAAGGAAGGGAAGCCAUUUUGUUGUUAUGAUUGCCUUCCAUGUCCAGAAGGGAAGAUUUCAAAUGAAAUAGAUACAGAUGACUGUUCUCUGUGUCCAGAAGAUCAAUACUCAAACCACAACAAAGAUUCCUGCAUUCCAAAAGUUAUAACUUUCUUAUCGUAUGAAGAACCACUGGGAACAAUUUGUGCUUUACUAUUUAUUGGGAGACCCAAUCAAAUUGUGUGUCUUCUUCGACAACCAGCUUUUAGCAAUAUCUUCUCAGUGGCAGUUUCCUGUUUGUUGGCCAAAACCAUUGUAGUUGUCCUAGCAUUCAUGGACACCAAGCCUGGGUCUAAAAUGAGGAGAUGGGUGGGGAAAAGAAUGGUGAGCUCCAUCGUUCUUUCCUGCUCUCUUGUUCAAGCCACCAUUUGUGCCUCAUGGCUGAUGACGUUCCCACCAUACCCAGACCUUGAAAAGUACUCAGUGUCUCAAGAAAUUGUACUAGAAUGCAAUGAAGGAUCGGUGACCAUGUUUUACUGUGCCUUGGGCUCUAUGGGCUUCUUGGCCAUUGUCAGCUUCUCUGCUGCUUUUUUAGCUAGGAAACUCCCUGACAGUUUCAAUGAAGCCAAAUUCAUCACCUUCAGCAUGUUUGUCUUCUGCAGUGUUUGGUUGUCCUUUGUUCCCAGCUAUUUGAGUACCAAAGGAAAAUACAUGGUGGCUGUGGAGAUCUUCUCCAUCUUAUCCUCCAGUGCUGGCUUAUUGGGUUGUAUCUUUGCCCCCAAAUGUUUUAUCAUCCUGUUCAGACCUGAACUUAACAGCAAACAUUUGCUUAUGAGGAAGUAA